UUUUAGAUUACGAAAAAUGAAUAUUUUUAGACUUGCGGGCGAUUCAGCCCAUUUAUUGGCUAUUUUAAUUUUAUUAUGGAAAAUUUGGAAAACAAAAUCUUGUGCAGGAAUUUCUGGACGUUCACAAGUUCUUUUCUUUGUUGUCUUCGUUUCGCGUUAUUUGGAUCUUUUUACAAAUUUUGUUUCAAUCUACAAUACUGCUAUGAAGAUUUUCUUUGUCGCUUCGUCAGUGGCUACUAUUUAUCUCAUGUUUUUCAGAUUUAGAGCUACCUAUGAUCGAAACCACGACACUUUUCGAAUUGAAAUUUUAUUGGUUCCAAGCGUGGUACUUGCUUUGCUGAUUAACCACGAAUUUACGCUUUUUGAGGUUCUUUGGACUUUCAGUAUUUAUUUGGAGGCUGUGGCUAUAAUGCCCCAACUUUUUAUGCUUUCAAAGACAGGAUCAGCUGAAACAAUUACUGCACAUUAUCUUUUUGCUUUGGGAAGUUAUCGAGGCCUUUAUAUUCUCAAUUGGGUCUACAGAUAUUAUAUGGAAAAUCAUUUGGAUGUAAUCGCUUUGGUUGCUGGAGUGGCCCAGACCGUUCUUUAUGCCGACUUCUUUUAUCUUUAUGUGACUAGAGUUGUUCAACAAGAGUAUGAUUUUUUGAUUUUUAAUAGAGUUCGAACCUGGGCAGUGUAUCCGUGUUUUUUUUUUUUAAUUUUUUUUUGA